AUGAGUAUUAUAGCAUCCAUACAUGCCCGUCAGAUUUUAGAUUCGCGAGGCAAUCCCACAGUUGAAGUCGAUGUGCUUACCGAAGAUGGGGUAAAAGGUCGUGCGGCCGUUCCAUCGGGCGCUUCUACCGGAGAACAUGAAGCCGUUGAAUUGCGCGAUAAAGAAGUGGCGUUUAUGGGCAAAGGGGUACAGAAGGCCAUUAAUAAUGUCAAUGAUGUAAUUGCACCAGAAUUGGUCGGUUUUUCUGUGUUUGAACAAAAUUUGAUCGAUAAAAUUCUAAUUGAAUUGGAUGGUACUGAGAAUAAAUCUUUCUUAGGAGCCAAUGCCAUUUUGGGGGUAUCUUUGGCGGUAGCCCAUGCGGCGGCCAACCAGUUGGGAAUGCCAUUGUAUCGUUACGUGGGUGGGGUUAGCGCCAAUACAUUGCCUGUUCCCAUGAUGAAUAUCGUUAACGGAGGUUCUCAUUCCGAUGCCCCCAUUGCGUUUCAAGAAUUCAUGAUUAUGCCAAUUAAGGCCGAAAGUUUUUCAGAUGCAUUGCGCAAUGGCACCGAAAUAUUUCAUCAUCUAAAACAGGUGUUGCACGACCGUCAUUUAUCAACGGCCGUUGGCGAUGAGGGUGGUUUUGCCCCCACAUUUAAAGGGACUGAGGAUGCCAUUGAAACCAUCAUAGAGGCCAUUUCUAAAGCAGGCUAUAAGGCAGGAGAUGAUAUAAUGUUGGCUUUGGAUUGCGCUUCGUCUGAGUUUUAUGUGGAUGGGAAGUAUGAUUAUAAAAAAUUUGAAGGCGAAUCGGGUGUGAUCCGUAGCCGAGAAGAGCAAGUGGCUUACCUUAAAGAACUCACU